AUGACGCCUUACAGCCAGGUCGACCCUCGGCACAGACUAUCAUGUCUAACAAUUUCGCUAGUUCGCAGGAACCAACGUGACGAAUUUGACACAGAUCGUCUAGCCGGUUUCUUGAUUUACCCGCUAUGCGUGGGCUAUAACCAAUACGGCGUACUCGACUAUGCAGUUCGUCAUCGAGACUUUCAAGCUCGCAUUCAUGAUGAGAAUACGACGCAGUGGUUCUGGCGGGCCAUAGGGUUUCUCUUGCUAGCCUCGCUGCCUGUACGAGUAGAGGAAGUCGUACCGGCGAAACAGCCAAAACGUCUGCUAUCGAACCCUUGGACUACCACCCAAAGUCUCCCGCUCAGCCAGUCAACAAAAGACGCUAUCCAGGCACAGGUCGAGACAGCAAGUGCGGAACGAUGGUUCUACCCGACGUUCAAGUUACGAAGGCGACACUUGCAAGAUCCCAACGACCCAUAUUUGGCACGCAGCGAUCGCCACAGUAACAUUGAUCUAGCAGAGACCGCAUUCAAUACAUACACGUCACUCUGCAUAGAGCCAGCCGGUUUGCGAGACGCCUUUGUAGCCGAAUGUUCAAGCUUAAGAGCCCAACUGGAUGCCGACUUUGCAAACGGCUACACCUCGUGGCUUGACUUCCGUUUUCAAGUGCCUCAAUACCCUGGGCAAACGUACGAUCGUAGGACACUUUCACUAUUGGACUUUCAUCGGUCAGGUGCGAAUCCUGGAAACUCUCCAGACAAGGACAGUGGAGACAGAGCUACCGAGAUAUUCCACGGAGAAGACCCGGCAAAAUACCCCUCGAUAGACUUGCCGGCUUUUGCGAAGGCUGGCAUUGUCACUGUACCUUCAAAGCCGGGUGAGAGCCAUCAGCGAUAUCAACUACCAUACUACACAGUGGCUGAGUUGUACGAUCACGCAAAAGUACUCGGAGAUGAGCUGAUUCUGGUCGAGAAUGGGCAUCACCUGGAUGUUCACAAAUGUUCUGCCAUCUGUCGAUCGCUUGAGCUUGAUGAGGACGAACUGCCCGAGUUCACCAAGCCCACUUUCUACGGCACCCAGUUGACUGAUUACGGAGUAGGAUGUCUCUACGAAGCUGACAUCCCUUCCUUGCCCUUGGGGCGAGUGGUUCGCGUCUUGCGGGAAGAUGACAUUGCUCAGUGUGAUGGAACCGGUGGGGACCCGUUAUGGAUCCGCAUACACAACAGCGUUUUUGAUAUUACUCACUUGAAGUGCUUAUCAGAGCCGGCACUACGGAGGCUCUUGGCGAGUAACCCAGGUGGAGACCCAUCCCUUGAAUUACUACAAGAUGGGUAUUCUCUUGACGAGAUCAAGAAGUCUCUUGCACCGUGGCGAAUUGGCAUGACGGCCAAAACUCCAGGCGUAGUUGCCGACAAGCAUUCCGUCAGAACCUUCACGCCCCAAUCGCUCAGACGACAUGAAUUCAGAGAGACAGGGAUGUACGUUGCGAUUGAAAACAAGGUUUACAACAUCACCGACUAUGCCGAAACACAUCCAGGAGGGCUCCAGUGUUUGGUCGAGAAUGGUGGACGAGAUAUUACAGAUCUCUUCAACAAAUAUCAUCAAACGAACCGCGACCGGGUGCUCAAAGGUCUGCAGGAGUUGUAUAUCGGCAAUCUGAUCGAACAGCGACAAGAAUAUGCAGAUGAUAAUGUGGAAAGUCUUGCCAAUGACAGACCUGUGCUUCCACAUGAAAUCAGAUUCGGCAGGGAGGUUUACUCGGUGGAAGGUGAGCUUGAAUGA